AAGUGAUAGAUAAUGAACUCCACUUAAGGGUUGGAGACAAACCACAAAGACACAAGUCAGAUUACAAUUCAAUACCCCAACUAAUCUCUGGACUCUUGGUUUAUACUAGGCUUACAACCCACUACUCACAACACAUUUAGUAACCACCCAUGAUACACACUAGCCCAUAACACAUAACUACCCACUAACAUAACAUAACAGCUGAAUACUAACUACCCAUGUAGCACUAACAUAAACAAGGAUAAUAACUACCCACUAAGCUACUACCCCCCACUUCCUUGAUGCAUGCCCUUCUAGGAAUUACUCCAUGAUUUUCACUAUCAGCGUGUGUGUGUGUGUCUCUCUGUGGUGUGCAUUGUGUGUAUUACGAUUGAAGCAACUAAGGAACGCUCAAAAACUCUGAAGGACACAUCCGGUUUCAAGGUUUUUCAGAGAGAUGUCGAGUUUUGUGGGUGUUUUGGUUUCCGAUCAAUGGCUUCAAAGCCAGUUCACACAGGUCGAGCUUCUCAGCCUCAAAAACAAAUUUAUUGCAGUGAAGAAACAGAAUGGUAUAGUUACAGUUGGAGAUUUGCCGCCUUUGAUGGUGAAGCUAAAGCCAUUUAAGGAGUUCACUGAGGAGGAGAUUAGGGGGAUUUUGGGCGAAUCGGGUUCUGUUUUGAGUGAAGAGACGGAUUUUGAAGCAUUCCUUAGGGCAUAUUUGAAUUUGCAAGGUCGAGCUACAUUAAAAUUGGGUAGUUCAAAAAACUCUUCGUCAUUCCUUAAGGCUGCCAUAACUACUCUCCUUCACACAAUCAGUCAAUCAGAGAAAGUAUCAUACGUUGCUCACAUAAACAGCUAUCUUGGGGAUGAUCCAUUUCUACAGCAAUAUCUUCCAUUAGAUCCAGCUACAAAUGAUCUAUUUGAUCUUGCAAAAGACGGGGUCCUUCUAUGUAAGCUUAUCAAUGUUGCUGUGCCUGGCACAAUAGAUGAGCGGGCUAUCAACACCAAAAGGGUACUCAACCCGUGGGAGAGAAAUGAGAACCAUACUCUUUGCCUCAACUCUGCAAAGGCCAUUGGCUGCACAGUAGUGAACAUUGGCACACAAGACUUGGUUGAAGGAAGACCUCAUUUGGUAUUAGGUUUGAUAUCCCAAAUUAUAAAGAUACAACUGUUGGCAGAUCUCAACCUUAAGAAGACACCUCAGCUUGUGGAACUGGUGGAUGACAGCAAUGAUGUUGAAGAGCUUUUGAGUUUACCCCCUGACAAGGUUUUAUUGAAAUGGAUGAAUUUCCAUCUUCAGAAAGCAGGUUAUAAGAAACCUGUUACAAAUUUUUCUUCUGAUUUGAAGGAUGGAGAGGCUUAUGCUUACCUGUUAAAUGUUCUGGCUCCAGAACACUGCAGUCCAUCCACAUUGGAUACCAAGGAUCCCAAUGAAAGAGCGAAACUGGUACUUGAUCAUGCAGAGAGAAUGAAUUGCAAAAGAUACUUGGCUCCAAAUGACAUUGUUGAGGGCUCAUCAAAUUUAAAUCUUGGAUUUGUGGCACAAAUUUUUCAUCAAAGGAAUGGCCUCUCAACAGACAGCAAAAAGAUUUCCUAUGCUGAGAUGAUGACAGAUGAUGUACAAACUUCUAGAGAUGAAAGAUGCUUUCGGCUGUGGAUCAACAGUCUUGGACUUGCUACUUAUGUCAAUAAUGUGUUUGAGGAUGUCAGAAAUGGAUGGUUACUUCUAGAAGUUCUUGACAAGGUUUCUCCUGGAUCAGUUAACUGGAAGCAGGCAUCAAAGCCUCCAAUUAAGAUGCCAUUUAGAAAAGUAGAGAACUGCAAUCAAGUUAUAAAGAUUGGGAAGCAGAUGAAAUUUUCACUAGUGAAUUUAGCUGGAAAUGAUAUUGUACAAGGAAAUAAAAAGCUCAUACUUGCCUUCCUGUGGCAGUUGAUGAGGUUUAAUAUGCUUCAACUUUUGAAGAACUUAAGAUCUCAUUCCCAAGGAAAGGAGUUGACAGAUGCUGAUAUAAUAAAUUGGGCAAACAACAAAGUUAAAAGCACAGGCAGAGCUUCUCAAAUACGGAGUUUUAAGGAUAAGAGCUUGUCAAAUGGAAUAUUCUUCCUUGAGCUUCUUAGUGCGGUGGAGCCUAGGGUUGUCAAUUGGAACCUUGUUACCAAGGGAGAAAGUGAUGAAGAAAAGAGGUUGAAUGCCACAUAUAGCAUCAGUGUUGCACGAAAACUUGGUUGUUCCAUUUUCUUGUUGCCUGAGGACAUCAUGGAGGUGAACCAGAAGAUGCUUCUCAUCCUUACGGCUAGUAUCAUGUACUGGAGCCUGCAAAAAGCAGCUGAAGAGGCUGAUUCUUAUCCAUCCCCUGCUGAUGGGUCUUCUUGUUCGACUAUCACCGAUGCAUCCCCGGCUCCAUCAAUUAGCGGCGAGGAUGAAAUCUCCUCCCUUUGUGGUGAAGUUUCAAACUUUAGUAUCGAUGAUGCUGCCUCUGACACUACUGUCUCCUCACUGGUUGAGAACGACAUGGCUUCUGUGGGAGAAUAAACUAUGAAUUGCUAUAGUGCUUACCUCCAUAGGAUUAGUUUUAGGCAGAAAUGAAAAGAAAAAAAGAAAAGAAAAAGGUGAAUAUUGGUAGAUUUUCAGCACCGCUAAGUGCUCUAGGAAAAGCAAAUGUGCUUGUAAACCAACGGGUGGAAGAAGAGGAAAGAGCGAAAAACUUUGUAGAAACAGUUUACUGUUUGAAAUAGAAAGAGAUGUUUCUCGCAGAAAGAAGAGAAGGAGAAGAG